AUGGGUAGAUCGGAACCGCCAUUCAUUUAUGACCGUCCAGCUACCUACAGCUUCUACGGUCCAACCGAUUUCAAUCCCAAGGCUGUGACAGAGGCGAGCCGCAACCCUCCACCACCAAGGAAAACCCCCAAGGGUCCUCUGGUCAACAUCAAUCGACACCCUGACUCAUGGGGAAGCCCUGAACUAAAUUCAACAUGGACCCCAAUGAGUCCUCGCACGAAGAACGCAAUCGUGUACACCCGAAGAGUGCAGUUAGCCCUGAGAAUCAUUACUCUUCUCGGAGCUCUGGGUUCUCUCUUCUGCUCAAUUGUGAUGACCAACGUCGCCGCAACAAUCAUCUGGAUCCUUCGAGUCGCACCCGGUGUUGCAAUCCUGCAUACACUCUAUGCAGUUUACCACCUUUGCCGCUCUCCCGUCAACCGCCCUCCAGCCUCGCAAGCAAGCUACGCUGUAUUCUCUUCCACUCUGGAUGCAGGCCUGGUUCCAUUUUACGUGUUCACGGCGUACAUGGCCCAUGGUGAAUGGAUCACUCAUACAUACCAAUGGAGUACACUAUUUAAAGACAGCACUUUGACCGUGAAGCUUGCGGAAGCCACAUUCAUUUGUGCCAUUGCCAACGGCGGCUUGCAUCUUAUCUCGCUGUCGCUCUCAAUCUACUUGGCCGUUAUGUUCCGCAAGAUCUCACAGUUACCCCCCGACAUGAACCCACUGGAAGAUAACCUCACCGCACGUCCACGCAAGAACCGUAAAGAACUUGAAAUUCAAGAAAAGCAUCUCAGCGCCUCUACCUACAAUUCCAGUCUCGAGGAUCCUCUCAUUGGCCCACCUCGUUCGAUGCCCUUCAUGCACACUCGGGGAGACUCUCUGGCGAGUCAUUCAAAUCGCGACUCUGUGGAUGUCAUGAAGGCAAAGCGUCAGUCGGUGAUAUCUGUGCAAAGCCAUCGCAUGUCCCACAUGGAGCCAUUGAGUCCGGAAAUGUCAUUCCAACAUCCUGCCAACCAGCCCUAUGAUAUCAUCUCAGAAACUCGAAAUGCUCCGGAGUAUCACCACGUGGCCAUGGGAUCACCGGAAAUCGUCGAUGCUGCAACCCAUAAUCGUCGUCUAGCGUCUCGAACUGCAGAGCGAUCGAAUUCGGUUAGCCCAGUAUCCGGUAACUGGAUCGUCUAUCCUCAAGACGAUUCCUACCCGAGCGAAGAAAUCAAUCACGACGCGGAAGCCGAUGUCCGGCAAUCCUCCUCUGUCUACAGCCAGCGUACCAUCUCAACUACGACCUCCAAAGCUGGGAAUGGUCUCCGUGACUGGUUCGUGUAUGGACAAAAGACUCCCAAUGUCGGCACCGCCAUCCCAGAAGACACGCGUGGCGAGUACGCAUCGCUGGCCACACGUGAGCACUAUGGGACUGAGGACGAGGACGAGAGGCGUGAGCGCGAUCUCGGCGACCGGCAAUUCAACAUUUUCCCUGACCCGGAAGAAUAUGACCAUGACCAUGACAAUCACCAAAGGGAUGAAAAUCCCCGUAGCCUUCCUUUCAAUCCACUCAUGCUCAAUCCCCCGACUCCUCAGCCUAUUCUAAGAGACAAUGUUGAAAACACAGAUCCUGUCCGCCGGGGCACAUUGGCUGACAACGCGGACGUGUCAAAUCAGACCCAAGCAACGCCGAUCACAAACCCCCAGGACUCGCCUCGCUCGCCACGCUCCCCAUCUGCUCAGCCUCGAUUCUAUGGUAGCCUCAACGAGGAUGGAAAACCUGGUCUGGAUAUGUCUCGGCAUGUAAGCAGUCAGGAAGAAGAACUGACUCGAAAGCCCACCAAACUGGUCAAGAAGUCGCGCAGCAAGAAGGCGACCGCCUACCAAUCCUUGAAGAAAGACGACAGCGGAGACGAAGGACACGGAAAGUCCCCGACCCUGUCGGAAGGGGACCGAAAAGGCCGUGUUGUGAGCAAUUCGGGCGCCGAUACUGGGCGACCAACCAUGGCCAACACCGCUGGAGGCCCCAUUUCUUCCUACGGCAGUUACAUCGCUGGUCUGGGCGUUGGCCGGCGUCGUGACGUGAGUGGAAAAGUGGCCGAAGAAGGUCGCAGUCUGAACAUGAUUGACGAAUCUAUGAACCAAGACCAAAGUGCAACCCAAAAGCCAGAGGCUGCACGAGCUGCUGGCUGGGCGCGCUUCGCAGGUCUUUAA